AUGCAGUCUCAUGACUUAGUCUUUGCUCCACUACCUAUUAAAGAAGGAGACAAGACGUUCAUAGGCAGCUUCCAUUCAGGCACCCAGAAGGACACAGGAAGGCAAGACAAUUUAACAGAUCUAACUGUAUUAGCUGGUAGAGACUGUUCCCAGCUCGUCUUCAUGUUGCCCAUUUUAUUCUCUGCAUUUGUCCUGUCUGCUUGCUGCCUGACCAAAGGGAACUGCAUCUCCCAUGAUGAGCUGAGAGAGCUGCAGACUGAAUUUGCCAUCAGUCUCUACCGGCAGGUGUCUGAAGCAGAGAACAGGACCAAUCUGGUAGUCUCUCCAGCAAGUGUGGCUGUUUCUUUGGAGCUGCUGCAGUUUGGAGCUCAAGGAAAUACCUUUACGGAGCUGCAAGAUGCCCUAGGAUACAGCAUUCAUGAUCAAAGCGUGCAGGAUUUCAUGCACACGGUGGAUGAAGCAGUGGCUGACUCCAGCCAAGGCACAGUGAUCCAGCUGGGAUGUUCCCUCCUUGUGGAUGCAAGCGUGCAGCUCUCGCCCGACUUCGCCGAGCGCGCCGCGCGCUGCGCCAACAGCAGCCUGCUCCAAACCAACCUCACCGACCCCAACAGCACCCACGUACAGGAAGGGAUCACCACUGACCUUACAGAUGGGGAUAUGCACGGGAUGACACUGGAGAGCACUGCGCCAUCACUCAGCCAGGUCACCCUGGUGAGCACCCUGUUCUUCAGAAGCAUGUGGCAAAAAAAGUUUUCCUUCAUGGAUUCCCAGAUGUUGCCUUUUACAACGCCAGAGGGCUCGACCCUGAAAGUGCCCACCAUGCACCACACAGCUGAAGUUAACUACGGCCAGUUCCAGACUGCAGCUCUGGAGGCUUUCAGCGUGGUCGAGUUACCCUACCUGGGAGAGAAACUCAGCAUGUUCCUAGUGCUUCCCAGCCACAAAAGAACACCUUUGUCCCACAUUGAGUCUCACCUUUCUGCCAAAACCAUAACCCUCUGGGCCAACAGCUUGAAGAGAACAAAGAUGGACAUUUUUCUGCCUAGAUUCAGCAUUCAAAGCCUUUUUGACCUAAAGACAAUUCUUUCUGCCUUGGGAAUUAGAGAUGCAUUUGAUCCCAUCACUGCUAAUUUUAAAGGCAUUUCAGAGCAAGAUAGCCUUUAUAUUUCAGAAGCUACUCACAAAGCAGAAAUUGAAGUAACAGAAGAUGGUACAACGGCAUCAGGAGCUACAGCAAUGGUCUUACUAAAAAGAUCUCGAACACCUAUUUUCAAAGCAGAUCGACCUUUCACAUUUUUCCUGAGACAAGCUAAUACAGGUAUGCAUGCUCUGCCUUUCAGGAGCAGAAUCCCACACAGGUAGCACUGAAAUCAAGACAAAUAGUACGCCAUUCCUCAGUUCAGGAAACUUCAAACAAUCACAGAAACAUUGGGGAUUGGGGUUUUAAAGCAUAGAUUCUAAUUUCCUAAAAAAGAACGUAUAAUAGUCAUAGAAGUCUAGGAAGCCAGAUUAGCCUCUUCUUUGGACAUGCAGUAUGUACUCAAAAAAUUUCUAUCAGAAUUAUAGGCACUAGAGAGAUCUCAGAGAUGCUGAACAUUCCACUAUUAGAAACUGAUCUCUACAGGGCAAUUCAAGUCACAAAUGGGCUGGACCAGCUGGAUUAACAUCUGAAGUAGUUAAAAUAGAAACCUUUCCCUAUAAAGGAAACUUAGCCAUGCCUAUACUGAUAGCAAACAGA